GUACUAGACAGCAAAAAAGGAUCAUGUGUUAAAGUGGGAGAAGAGCACUGAGCAACAUCAUUAGCAUUACCAUGGUAUAAGGGUUCAUAUGUGGAUGCGGAACUGGAAGAAGUAACACAGAUAACAGUACUAGCAGCACAAUGGUAGCUGCUGAACAGUGUUUCAGAUCAUAGUCAACAACAGAAAGACAAUUUCUGCAUUGUUCUUCUCCCUCCAUUCAAAGAAACAUGGACACCAAUUCAGUUUCAAAGCUGCUACUAGUGUUGUUACUCACGGUCUUGUUUGCGGGUUUUGAGCUGAUUCACUGCAAUGUGAGCUAUGAUAGGAAGGCCCUUCUCAUCAAUGGCCAAAGGAGAGUCCUAAUCUCUGGUUCCAUUCACUAUCCCAGAAGCACCCCUGAGAUGUGGGAGGAUCUAAUUCAGAAAGCCAAACAUGGAGGAAUUGAUGUCAUAGACACUUAUGUCUUCUGGGAUGUCCAUGAACCCUCACCUGGCAAUUACAAUUUUGAAGGAAGAUAUGAUCUAGUUAGGUUCAUUAAGACAGUGCAAAAGUUGGGGCUUUAUGCCAAUCUUCGCAUUGGACCUUAUGUAUGCGCUGAGUGGAAUUUCGGAGGGAUUCCCGUUUGGUUGAAGUAUGUUCCUGGCAUAAGCUUCAGAACAGAUAAUGGGCCUUUCAAGGAUGCAAUGCAGGGUUUUACCAAGAAAAUUGUCCAGAUGAUGAAGAGUGAAAAGUUGUUUCAGUCUCAGGGUGGUCCAAUCAUUCUUUCACAGAUUGAGAAUGAGUAUGGACCGGAGAGUGGGGCGCUAGGAGGUGCUGGUCACGCGUACAUAAAUUGGGCUGCUAAGAUGGCUGUUGGAUUGGAUACAGGAGUCCCCUGGGUUAUGUGCAAGGAAACUGAUGCCCCAGAUCCUGUGAUAAAUUCGUGUAAUGGCUUUUACUGUGAUGAUUUCUCUCCAAAUAAACCAUACAAGCCUAGCAUAUGGACUGAGUCCUGGAGUGGCUGGUUUACAGAAUUUGGUGGCCCAGUUCACCAGCGACCAGUUGAGGAUCUAGCAUUUGCAGUUGCUCGAUUCAUACAAAAGGGAGGAACUUUUGUGAAUUAUUACAUGUAUCAUGGAGGAACUAACUUUGGACGAUCAGCUGGAGGCCCAUUCAUCACUGCAAGCUAUGACUAUGAUGCUCCAAUUGAUGAAUAUGGUUUGAUUAGGCAACCAAAAUAUAGUCAUUUGAAGGAUCUUCACGAAGCUAUCAAGCGAUGUGAGCAUGCGUUGGUUUCUUCAGACCCUACUAUUACAUCAUUAGGAACAUUUCAGCAGGCUCAUGUAUUCUCGUCAAAAACUGGAGGUUGUGCAGCAUUUCUUGCAAACUAUCACGCACAGUCUGCUGCAAGAGUGACGUUCUAUAACAGGAAAUAUGACUUGCCUCCUUGGUCCAUAAGCAUCCUUCCUGACUGCAAAGCGGAUGUUUUUAAUACUGCAAAAGUGAGAGUUCGAACUUCAAAGGUUCAAAUGAUUCCUGUCAAUUUGAAGUUGUUCUCAUGGGAGACCUAUGAUGAAGAUCUCUCUUCUCUGGCUGAAAGUUCAAGGAUUACAGCUCCUGGACUCUUAGAACAGCUGAAUGUUACCAGGGACUCCAGUGACUAUCUUUGGUACAUAACAAGUGUUGACAUAAGUUCAUCAGAAUCGUUUCUUGGAGGAGGACACCAACCAAGCAUUAAUGUGCAGUCCGCAGGACAUGGUAUCCACGUGUUUGUUAAUGGACAGUAUUCAGGGUCGGCUUUUGGGGCAAAGGAACAAAGAAGUUGCAAGUUUAAUGGGCCAGUCAGCCUACAUGCUGGAACAAAUAAAAUUGCACUUCUCAGCGUUACAGUUGGAUUACAGAAUGUUGGCCGGCAUUAUGAAACAUGGAAGACAGGAAUCAGUGGUCCAGUUUUGCUCCAGGGUCUUGACCACGGACAGAAAGAUUUGACGAGUAAUAGAUGGUCAUAUCAGGUUGGCCUAAAAGGAGAGGCUAUGAAUUUGGUGUCUCCCAAUGGGGCUUCAUCUGUUGAUUGGAUCCAAGAGUCACUAGCCACCCAAAGCCGGUCACAAUUGAAAUGGCACAAGGCUUAUUUUAACACCCCCGAGGGAAAUGAACCGUUGGCAUUGGACCUGGGAAGUAUGGGGAAGGGUCAAGUGUGGAUCAAUGGACAGAGCAUAGGAAGAUAUUGGCUGGCUUAUGCAAAGGGUGACUGUAAUUCUUGCAGCUAUUCUGGGACAUUCCGGCCAGUAAAGUGCCAACUUGGAUGUGGACAACCUACUCAACGAUGGUAUCACGUUCCAAGGUCCUGGCUAAAGCCAACAAAGAACUUGAUAGUAGUGUUUGAAGAAUUAGGCGGAAAUCCUUGGAAGAUAUCUUUAGUAAAGAGAAUGGUACAUACUGCAAGAGUUCACAGUGAACCUGAUUCAGAGAACUAAAGAACCUGAAUAAGAAAUUGUAUUCAAUGACCCCACUUGUGAACUCUUUGGCUUUCAUUGGCAUUGCUUGAAACAACGGUAGCUCAGGAGCAAUAAGUUCAUCAUAACUUAGCAAUAAAUCAGCUUCAGCUUGUAUAUGGAGGCUUGGUUUUCAGGGUUAGGUGUGUUUAUCCCAAAUUCUGUGGUCUCUCCCUCUUAUUAAUGGACCAUCUUGAUUUAUACAAAAGAUGGGGCCAAGAAGAAUUGUAAUUUUAUUCUUUUCAACAUGUAACUGGAUCUACUACUUGAAAGAGUGAAAUUUACAAUCUUAAGAUGGUGUCUUCACUCA